GCCUUUUGUUCAAACACGCGAGAGAGCCCACGUGCCCGUCACCUCUCCCGACUCCACUUUUCCUCCACGUCUGCGGGUGCGUAAGUAGAUGAAAGAAGGAAAGACGCGUCUUGGAGAAGUUUCCAAAUGCGUGCGUCAAAAGUGCGUGAGAAUGGUGGCGCAUUGGUCGUCUGUAGUCAGUGCCGAAUGAACGGGAGGUGGUGGAGGAGCAGGAUGAGGAGCAGGAGGGAGACCAUACAUUAACUCGUGCUGGCUGCGGCGGACUCUCUCUCCAGUUGACAGAAGCGCAGACAGAGGGAUGCGCGCAGAGCAACACUGACAGAUUAUUCAGGAAAAGGCGACAAAUGGAAGGAACGUUCACUUAAUGUUUUUCUUUCUGGUGUACCAGGGGAUUUUUACGCACCGAGAAGUGUGACAGAAAACGCUGCAGGGAUGAGUGUUGCGUGGUUUUUCGUGCUCCUAAAGGAUCCACUCUCCUGAUAUAGGGACCAAAGAGGACAAAACAAGGCUGCCCAUGAUAUUUUCCAAAAGAAGAUCGCAAAGGUGGAGCGAUUAGAGAAGGGCUGAUGACGGGACUAUUAAUCCUUUCAGUGCAUCAGAAGCACCAAAGGGUAUUGGAAGCGUUUGGAUGGAAAUCGGGCGAGUGUUUAGAACUCUUUUUGGUUUUAUAUGAAACUGGUGAUUAGUUGUUGUGGCACAUCUGCACGGAUUGUUUUCUUCCUCCUGUCACUGAAGAUUUGAUUAAGGAGUAUUUUUCCACCGACAGGUUUUAUGGUAUGAGCGGUUUCCUGGUGUGAAUUCCAAGAAACUCAUCUCAAUCUUUUUUUUUUCUUUUCCAGUAUUCCUAAAUCUAAAUGGAAUUAGUUGAGUCUGAAGCCGUUUGUGAAAGGAACAGACAUGGUUCAUGGGCACAGCUUCCAUCACGUUGUUGCAAGUCUUCUCAUACUUGGGUUGUCUGGGGCAACAAAGAAGGAUACAGCAGUAAAAAACAACUCUGGAGUGAAGCCUGUAGGUCAGUGUGGAACCUGGGUGAAAGAACCAGAAGGAGGCCUCUUCACGUCUCCCAACUACCCAAGCAAAUACCCACCAGACACAGAGUGUGUUUACAUCCUUGAAGCCCCCCCAAGGCAGUGUAUCGAUCUACACUUUGAGGAGAAUUACUCAAUCGAGUCCUCUUGGGAAUGUAAAUUUGACAACAUCGAGGUUCGGGAUGGACCAUUUGCCUUCUCCCCAAUGCUCGGACGAUACUGCGGUCAGCACAGCCCGCCUGAUAUCAGGAGUAGUGGCAGAUAUCUGUGGAUAAAAUUUGUUGCAGAUGGUGAACUGGAAGCAGUUGGAUUUUCAGCAAGUUACAACUUCACUGCAGAUCCGGACUUUGCAGACUUGGGAGUACCUCCACCUCUGCCCUCCUGUCAGUAUGACAUGGCCGGUCCAGAAGGUAUUGUUGAGUCUCAUCAGAUCACCCGAGACGGGAAGGCGGGCACUGCCGAGGCCGUGGACUGUAAAUGGUACAUCCGCGCUCCGCCGCGCUCCAAGAUCUACCUACGUUUCCUCGACUAUGAGAUGGCCAAUUCCAAUGAGUGCAAGCGCAACUUUGUGGCGGUGUAUGACGGUGGCAGUUCGGUGGAAGACCUGAAGAGCAAGUUCUGCUCCACGGUGGCCAACGACAUCAUGCUGGUCUCCACGCUCGGUGUUAUCCGCAUGUGGGCAGACGAAGCCAGCCGUAAAAGUCGAUUUCGCAUCCUCUUCACAACCUACCAAGAACCUCCAUGUGAGGCAGAUGCCUUCUUCUGUCACAGCAACAUGUGCAUAAACAACACACUGGUGUGCAACGGCAUGCAGAACUGUGUCUAUCCCUGGGAUGAGAACCAGUGUAAAGAGAAAAGGAAAGCCAACAUCCUGGACAACCUAAACAACACCAACGGGACCAUCAUUGGCGUCACCUGCUGCAUCGUCCUCAUCCUCCUCAUCGUCUCCGUCAUUGUCCAGAUCAAGCAGCCGCGCAAAAAGUACAUCUUGCGGCGUGAGGACUUUGACCCCACCAUGUUCCAGGAAGUGUUUGAGCCGCCGCACUAUGAGCUGUGUACUUUACGCAGCGCCACCGCGGCCGCAGCGGCGUCCGCAGACUUAGUCGACCUGGCGGAGGACUUUGAAAACUACCACGCCCUUCGCCGUGCCUCCUCACGCUGCAUCCACGAUCACCACUGUGGGUCCUCCUCCAACCCUGGCUCUGCCCACAUCUCCCAGCUGUCACUCAGUGGACGAGGGAGUCGCGGAAACUUGAGCCCCCGCGACGGAGCAGCCGCCACCCUGCUCACAGACCUCCCACAGCCGCCCAUGUCAGUGCGGCCCCUGCUGCCGACCACGGGAAACCGCAGGAGCAUCUUGGUCAUGAAGCACAGCUAUUCGCAAGAGGCAGCUGACCACGGAUGUGACCUGGAUGACGACCUAGAAGAAGUUCCCACCACCAGCCACCGGCUUUCACGCCACGAAAAGGCAGUACAGCGGUUCUGCCUCAUUGGCUCUUUGAGCAAACAUGAAUCAGAGUACAACACAACUAGGGUCUAAGAGACAAUCUCAAGAUACAUCAGACAGAUGCAUCAUUCCUCUGCAUCUUGCCAAGUUUGACAGCAUUCGGCGCAAAGGUUUCUCACCUUAAUGCAUCUUGAGUGAACUGUUGCCCCGGAGCAACUUUACCAAUGUAGAGUGCCGUGAUGAGAAAAUUAAAAAGAAAAAAAAGGUUUGUGGUGUACGCGUUGCGUUGUAUGUCAUUGCUUUGAACCACAGAGGCGCAGUUUCCCCUUCCACAACUGGCUGGAAUUGACGAGCCUUGGAACACCGAUAAUUUCACACACUUGACAAUAUUUUUGUUUUCCUUUUUCUUUUGUAGGAAUAGAGAAUCUUUAAUGUAAAACUGUUUUUUUUUUUUAAACAACAGUUUGUUUAGUCAUUUCCAUGUAAAGAUUAAAAUAUGAAAUUGCAUAUUUUGCUCUUUUUUUUGAUGCCAUAUCUUUACAGUAGUGUAUCAACUUGUUUUUAUAUGACUGACUGUCCUGUCCAGAAGACAAAAGAACAGGAUGUAAUGUGAAACAUCAUAAAUGGGUGCAAACAUAAUUCAUCUAACCUUUAUUUUCUCCCUAUCUGGAAUCUCUGCAGUAUUUUUGUUUUGUUUGAUUUUUUUUUUCACUCUUCUUGUCAGUCAUGUUCAUUUAAAUCCAUUUGCAAAUUUAUUUGUCAACAUGUUAGAAAAUGCCGGACAGAAUGUUUUCAAUAAACUAAUGUUUACUGACUUCACUGUGAUGAUUUUGUUUGACCUGCUGUGUCUAAUUUCCAAAUCUGUUCCGUUCUGGGAUUAAACUGUCACUGGUGAUAUUUCUCCAACCAAAUUUCUCAUUUGGCUGUCACCUUGAGGAUGGUACCUGGCAUAUUGAAAGAAAACAACAUGUUUUUCAUAAUUGUAUUGUUUAUUUGUUUUGGCCCAAGUAUAAUUUAACCUUUCAUAAACUAGUAAACACUAGAAUGGAUGAAUUGUUCCAAUCUGUGAUAGUGUGUACCACAGUCUGUGGUUCUCUAAUGGGGAUCCAUCAAUGGUUUCCAAUAAAUGUCAUUAAAAAUGAUCAUGACAACCUGCACAUUGGCCUAUAUUUU